AGUGAGCCCGUUCCAGGUGGUGUCAGCAUGCCGACCAGAGCCAAGCAGAGCGUCGCGCCGGUCCAGACUCAGAAGCCGAAUGUCACCAAACAGAUGAAGACGAUUUCUAGGCGGAGGGAUGAAGAUGACUCCACAGAUAUGGGGGAUGGGGCCGAUGAAUGGAUGCAGCCCAAGACUUUGGUUAAACCUCUGGACCAGCUGGAGCUCUCCGAGGCCGAACUUAAAGAGGAAUUCACUCGAAUCCUGACCGCAAACAACCCUCACGCCCCCCAGAACAUUGUGCGGUACAACUUCAAGGAACGGGCGUACAGACCCAUCAACAUUGUGGACCAGCUGGCGGUACACUUCUCCCUGGAUGGGAACAUGUUACACAAGGACUCGGACGAGGCGCGACGGCAGAAGGCGAAGUUCGGAGUCAUUGAAGAGACUCAGCCCAGUGAGAGCGCAGAGCCCGGAGACACAGACGGGAAUGGACCUGGUGCUGAUCCUUCCCCUGAAUGUGGAGUGGACCUGGUGCUGAUCCUUUACAUGAAUGAGGGUGGACCCAGUGCUGAUCCUUCCCCUGAAGGUGAAGUGGACCUGGUGCUGAUCCUUCCCCUGAAGGCGGAGUGGACCUGGUGGAGUGGACCUGGUACUGAUCCUUCCCCUGAAGGUGGAGUGGACCUGGUGCUGAUCCUUAUCCUGAAGACGGACAUGGACCUGGCUGGUGGAGAAGGGACAGAAGGUGAGAAAAUACCAUCCAAGAACAAGGAGAGAAAACUGACCAACCAGUUCAAUUACAGUGAGAGAGCGUCGCAGAGCUUCAACAACCCCCUGCGGGAGCGAGCCUCCCAGACAGAGCCACCUCCGAGGGCCACCUUCUCCUCCACCGCAAACCAGUGGGAAAUUUAUGACGCGUAUGUAGGAGAGCUACAGAAACAGAUGAAAGAGAAGCAAAAAGCACCGGUGAGCAAGAAGGAGGAAGAACUAAAUUCCAGGAGGAAACUGGCCACUGCCGAAUCUCAGAGCGAUGACAUCAGCAAGGUGAGGAAGUCCAGUAAGAUCUUGGAGAGGAUGGUGAACCAGAACACAUUUGAUGACAUCACACAAGACUUCAAGUACUUUGAGGAUGUUUCUGAUGAGUUCAGGGAGCAGGAGGGAACGCUUCUGCCACUGUGGAGGUUUCAGUAUGAUAAAGCCAAACGCCUGGCUGUGACUGCCCUCUGCUGGAGUCCCAAGUACAAGGAUCUGUUUGCGGUGGGCCACGGAUCCUAUGACUUCAUGAAGCAGAGCCGGGGGAUGCUCCUUCUCUACAGCUUGAAGAAUCCCUCCUUCCCCGAAUACAUCUUCAGUACGGAAAGCGGAGUCAUGUGCUUGGACGUCCAUAAAGAAAACCCGUACCUGGUGGCCGUGGGCUUCUAUGAUGGGAACGUGGCCAUCUUCAACCUGAAAUCCAGCAGCCCGCAGCCGAAGUACAUGAGCUCGGCCAAGUUCGGCAAACACACCGACCCCGUGUGGCAGGUGAAGUGGCAGAAAGAUGAUCUAGACAAGAACCUGAAUUUCUUCUCUGUUUCUUCUGAUGGCCGAGUCGUGUCCUGGACAUUAUUAAAGAAUGAGCUGGUUCACACAGACAUCAUCCGGCUGUCGGUGGAGGAAUCUGUGGAGAUCGGGGUGGAGGGUCUCCAGCUGCAGACAAAUGGCUGCGGAACAUCCUUCGAUUUCCAUAGACAGAUCGAUCAUCUCUACCUGGUGGGGACGGAGGAAGGAAAGAUUCACAAGUGCUCCAAGGCGUAUUCCACGCAGUUCCUGGACACGUUUGAUGCGCACAAUAUGGCGGUGGACGCUGUGCGGUGGAAUCCGUUUCAUCCCAAAGUCUUCAUCACCUGCAGCUCAGACUGGACAGUGAAGAUCUGGGAACAGAAUGUGAAGACUCCCAUGUUUGUGUUUGACCUGAACUCCGCUGUGGGGGACGUAGCCUGGGCGCCGUACUCCUCCACCAUCUUCGCGGCUGUCACCACCGAUGGCAAGGUCCAUGUGUUUGAUCUGUCCAUCAAUAAGUAUGAAGCCAUCUGCCAGCAGGCUAUUGUGGCCAAGAAGAAGACAAAACUGACUCACAUUGAGUUUAAUCCCAUCUAUCCGGUGAUCAUUGUCGGAGAUGACCGCGGACACGUCACUUGUCUGAAGCUUUCUCCGAACCUGCGCAAAAUGCCAAAGGAGAAGAAAGGACAGGAAGUCCAGAAGGGGCCGGAGGUGGAAGUGGCCAAGCUGGACCGACUUCUCGCUCUGGUCAGAGAGCCGGAGAACAAAAACAGGAAGUGAGAUCACAGAGGAAGU